AUGGACAGCGUCUACGUCUGGGUCAGCCAGUUUGCGUUCUCGAGACCGAUGAAAAACCCACCACGGGAUUUCAGUGACGCGGUCUUGCUGGCUGAAAUUCUAGCUCAAUUAGUUCCGGCUUGGGUGCAGCUUCACAACUAUCCAUCUACACUCCGAUUCCAGCAGAAACUGAGUAACUGGGAAACCCUGAAUCGGAAAGUGUUGACUCGGCUGAAGUGCGGGAUUUCUUCCAAGCACCAGGAAGAUCUGUCAAACGCUGUGCCAGGCGCAAUUGAGCUGCUUCUGAUCCAAGUUAAACGAGCUGUACGGUAA